UAUUUUUUAUAUUCCAAUCUUUGUAUAAACAACGUGCUGUAGAUUGCAUUAACGCUCUGAGUAAAUCUAUGCGAAAAGUUUGUCUAAAAAGUAAACAUGUCUACUACGAUAGUUGAAAACAAUUUUUUAAAAUAUUGUGGAAGCAAUUUUCUGAAGCAACGGUUAUUGCUUAGUGUUUUAAGUGCAAAGCCCGUAAAAAUUGUUGAUAUUCGUUCGAAAAGUGACGAAGCGUUUGGACUUCGAGAAUAUGAGAUUAACUUGAUACGCUUGUUGGAUAAAUUGACAAAUGGCACAAAAAUUGAAAUAAAUCCUGCUGGCACCGCUAUUAUGUUUAUGCCAGGCCUACUGCAUGGCGGUCAAAUAGAUCAUGAAUGUUGCGUGCAACGUGGUAUUGGAUAUUAUUUAGAUGUUCUCAUAGCUCUGGGUCCAUUUUGUAAGUUUCCGCUAAACGUCAAAUUAAGCGGUGUAACUGAGAGUAGCGAUUCGCCAUCUGUAGAUCAUAUUAAAGUUGGCGCUUUAACAGUUUUAAAACGUUUUUUAACUGUCGAUGAAGGACUGGAAUUAAAAAUUAUAAAGAGGGGAUUGUCGCCUUUGGGCGGUGGCAUUGUCGUGUUUAAGUGCCCUAUUCGCAAAACUUUACGUUCUAUUCAAUUUACACAACAAGGCAUGGUGAAGCGAAUACGAGGCACUGCUUAUGUUUGCAAAGUGUCACCUUCCCUUGGUAAUCGCGCAAUUGAAACUGCUAAAGGAGUUAUGUUAAAAUUUUUGCCCGAUGUUUAUAUAUAUGCUGAUGCAAGUCAUGGUAAAAUGUCCGGCAAUGUACCCGGUUAUGGCAUAUGUUUACAUGCCGAAACUACAGAAGGUGUUUGUUUUAUGGCUCAAGCUAAUUCUCAUAUAAAAGGAGAAGUUGGAAAAGAACCAUCUACACCAGAAGAUAUUGGCGAAAAAGCAGCUAUGCGUUUGCUUGAUGAAAUAUACCGGGGCGGAUGCUGUGAUUCUACAUAUCAAUGGUUGGUGGCUCUUUUUAUGAGUUUAGGUCAGAAACAUGUUUCGAAAUUUAUGACAGGUCCUUUGUCGUCGUAUACUGUUCAUUUUCUGCGCCAUUUAAGGGAUUUUUUUUCGAUCACUUUUAAAUUGGAAAAUCCCGAGCCCGAGGACGAGGACGAGGGCGAGGACGACAGCCUUCCGCCUGGAGCGCAGAAAGUUUUAUUGACUUGUGUUGGCAUUGGUUAUUGCAAUAUCAGUAGACGCGUGAUUUAACAUGGUUUUGUAGAGUUGGAAUAAAUAUAUAAAAAUUUAUAAACGUA